CGGCUCGGCCUGGGCGCAGGCGGCUGGGCAGGGGGCGCUGGCCCCGGGGCCGCGCGUGCGCCGCCACCAACCUGGGGCUGUCAGUGGAGGGCGAGUGCUGGCUCCCAGGGGAGGCCACACCCUUUGGGGCCAACGGGCCGCGCGCCGAAGCAGCCAUGGGAGCGACUCACCCCUUUUCCAGCCCUGGGGCGGGCCUGGGGUCGGGGUCGGGGCUGGUGGGGCCCCCGCCCCCUCCUCCUGGCCUGCCCCUUUCCUGGGGCGCGAUGAUGGCAGCUUUGUACCCGGGCAGCGACCUCUCGGGCGCCUCCUCUUCCUCCCUGCCUUCUUCCCCAUCCUCGUCUUCGCCGCGGAGCGAGGUGAUGGCGCUAAAGGAUGUGCGGGAGGUGAAGGAGGAGAACACCCUAAAUGAGAAGCUUUUCUUGCUGGCGUGCGACAAGGGUGACUAUUAUAUGGUUAAAAAGAUUUUGGAGGAAAACAAUUCAGGUGAUUUGAACAUAAAUUGCAUAGAUGUGCUUGGGAGAAAUGCUGUCACCAUUACUAUUGAAAACGAAAACUUGGAUAUACUGCAGCUUCUUUUGGACUACGGUUGUCAGUCCACAGAUGCACUUUUGGUGGCAAUCGACUCUGAAGUAGUGGGAGCUGUUGAUAUACUACUUAAUCAUCGACCAAAACGAUCAUCAAGACCAAGUAUAGUAAAACUAAUGGAGCGAAUUCAGAAUCCUGAGUAUUCGACAACUAUGGACAUUGCGCCUGUCAUUUUAGCUGCUCACCGGAACAACUAUGAAAUUCUGACCAUGCUGUUAAAACAGGAUGUGUCUCUGCCCAAGCCCCAUGCGGUUGGCUGUGAGUGCACUCUAUGUUCUGCAAAAAACAAAAAGGACAGCCUCCGACAUUCCAGGUUUCGUCUUGAUAUAUAUCGUUGUUUGGCCAGUCCAGCUCUAAUAAUGUUAACAGAGGAGGAUCCCAUACUGAGAGCAUUUGAACUUAGUGCUGAUUUAAAAGAACUAAGCCUUGUGGAGGUGGAAUUCAGGAGUGAUUAUGAGGAACUAGCCCGGCAGUGUAAAAUGUUUGCUAAAGAUUUGCUUGCACAAGCCCGGAAUUCACGUGAAUUGGAAGUCAUUCUAAACCAUACAUCUAGUGAUGAGCCCCUGGACAAACGGGGAUUACUAGAAGAAAGAAUGAAUUUGAGUCGUCUCAAGCUUGCUAUCAAAUAUAACCAAAAGGAGUUUGUUUCCCAGUCUAACUGCCAGCAGUUCCUGAACACUGUUUGGUUUGGACAGAUGUCAGGUUACCGACGGAAGCCCACCUGUAAGAAGAUAAUAACUGUUUUAACAGUUGGCAUCUUUUGGCCAGUGUUGUCACUGUGCUAUUUGAUAGCUCCCAAGUCUCAGUUUGGCAGAAUCAUUCAUACACCUUUUAUGAAAUUUAUUAUCCAUGGAGCAUCAUAUUUCACAUUCCUGCUGUUACUAAACCUAUACUCUCUUGUCUACAAUGAGGAUAAGAAAAACACAAUGGGGCCAGCCCUCGAAAGAAUAGACUAUCUUCUCAUACUGUGGAUUAUUGGGAUGAUUUGGUCAGACAUUAAAAGACUCUGGUAUGAAGGGCUGGAAAACUUUCUAGAGGAAUCUCGUAAUCAGCUCAGUUUUGUCAUGACUUCACUGUAUUUGGCGACCUUUGCCCUCAAAGUGGUUGCUCACAACAAGGUGACUGUUAACUAUGUCAGUUGGAGGCACAAAUGGAGUUUAUUCAGGAAAAACCUGAGGUUUGGGAACCGAACUCAGACUUGUUUUGGCUCAAAUCUGUAUCUGUUUCAUGACUUUGCUGAUCGGAAGGACUGGGAUGCAUUCCAUCCUACGCUGGUGGCAGAAGGGCUUUUUGCAUUUGCAAAUGUUCUGAGUUAUCUUCGUCUUUUUUUUAUGUAUACAACAAGUUCUAUCUUGGGUCCAUUACAGAUUUCAAUGGGACAGAUGCUACAAGAUUUUGGAAAGUUUCUUGGGAUGUUCCUUCUUGUUUUGUUUUCUUUCACAAUUGGAUUGACACAACUGUAUGAUAAAGGCUAUACGCCAAAGGAACAGAAGGACUGUGUAGGCAUCUUCUGUGAACAGCAAAGCAAUGAUACCUUCCACUCGUUCAUUGGCACUUGCUUUGCUUUGUUCUGGUAUAUUUUCUCCUUAGCACACGUGGCAAUCUUUGUCACGAGAUUCAGCUAUGGAGAAGAGCUGCAGUCCUUUGUGGGAGCCGUUAUCGUUGGGACUUACAACGUGGUGGUUGUGAUUGUACUCACCAAGCUGCUGGUGGCCAUGCUGCACAAAAGCUUUCAGCUGAUAGCAAAUCACGAAGACAAAGAAUGGAAGUUUGCUCGAGCCAAGUUGUGGCUUAGCUACUUUGAUGACAAAUGUACUUUACCGCCCCCUUUCAACAUCGUUCCCUCACCAAAGACAGUUUGCUAUAUGAUCAGUAGCCUCAGCAAAUGGAUUUGCUCUCAUACAUCCAAAGGCAAGGUUAAACGGCAAAACAGUUUAAAGGAAUGGAGAAAUUUGAAACAAAAGAGAGAUGAAAACUACCAAAAAGUGAUGUGCUGCUUAGUGCAUCGUUACCUGACUUCUAUGAGGCAGAAGAUGCAAAGUACAGAUCAGGCAACUGUGGAAAAUCUAAAUGAACUGCGCCAAGAUCUGUCAAAAUUCCGAAAUGAAAUAAGAGAUUUACUUGGCUUUCGGACUUCUAAAUAUGCUAUGUUUUAUCCAAGAAAUUAACCAUUUUCUAAAUCAUGUAGAAAAUAAUUAUCAAUAAUGAAUAUGAAAAACUGUGUUUGCAUAACUUGCAAUUCAAUAAGAUAUAUAUUGAACUAAACAAUUAUGUAAAAGCCAUUCUUUAAAAUAUAAAGCAUAAAUAUAUGUUAUGUAAAAUAUGUAUAUAGAAUUAGUUUUUUAAAAACCCUCUGUUAGUGGCUUUUUGUAGGAGCAAAACAGGUUAAGGACAGAGUAAGCAUGCUACUUGGUUUUCUUAUUUGAGCAAUGAACUAAAAUAUUUUCUCUUUAUAUUUAAAAAGGGCAGUUAUAAUUGUACAGAUUGCCAAAGUUCGAUAAUGAAGAUCAGCAAAUGUGGGCUGAUCUCUGUCCAUAUAGGAUAAUUUUAAAUCAUAGAAGUCAUAGUUUUUUAGAUCUCUGUUUUAGGACUUCACAUAUAAUUCAGUAUUUAUUGUUUAGGAGUAUAGUUUUGUCUAAAAUAAUAAUCUAUUUUUUUCUUAUCUUGUUAUAAUCCUAAGCAACAAAGAAACAACCUUAAUGGAUAUUUGAAUCUAUUCAUGUCUCUGUAAAUUUAAAUUCACUUCAGUUUUGUUAUUGUAAUAUACCGGGGGUGCCAAAAAAAUGUAUACACAUUUUAAAAGAUGUUACCUAUGUAUUAUUUUUCGAAGUUGAAUUGAAUUGUGGUAGCAAUGUGUAGUAUGAUGUUUGCUCAAAAGAUGGC